AUGCCCAGGACGCCAGGCUCGAGUGCUUCUAGCUCCAGUCGUCGUGGCCGAGGUCGAGGAGGUCGAGGAUGGAGGGGCCGCACUUACAACCGUGGGAACAGUGGUGGUUUGUCCUCCAGAGGUGGCUCAACUCGGCCACGAGCUCGUAAUCCCUCUUCAUCGAUACGCUACAGUUCUGCUUCUCGAAACCACGCACAGUAUUCAGAUUCACAAGAACCGCAGACACCCAAUGCCGACACUCGUGCUCGAAGCAGCAGUGAGCCCAUUCAACAUGAAGUUGUCAUGGCCAUCGACCUCAGGGAUAAUUGUACCAUUGGGUGCGCAUAUUUUUCAACUACUGACGGGAUUCUGCAUGUAUCUGAGGACAUUGCUACGGCUUCACUUGACAUUGCGGAGCAAUUCCUUAUCCACAUCCAACCAACCAGUCUUCUUGUAUCUGCAAGAGCACCUGCCAGUUUCCGGGACCAGCUGGAGAAGAUCACUGCGUCAGAAGGGAUUGAGGAGGAUGGAAGUGAAGAAUCCAUACUCGGUCUUUCUCAACCCGAGUCGCAGGCAUUCCGUCAACUUCGCUAUGGAGGCUGCAUAAACAUGAAUAGCCAGGUAGGAUGUGCUGGUGCCUUACUUGGCGAUGUUCUUCGUCGACGAUCCGCUGGUUUUCUCCCUGAUGGGCAAGUUGCUGGAGUUCUCUUUCGUGUUGUUGACAUCCGCAUGUUUUCCCUUAAUACCUACAUGUAUGUCAGCACUGACGCUCUCUUGUCACUGCAAAUUCUGCAGACCGAAUUGCACCCCAACAGCCAAGCGUGGGGACCAGAUGCGAACAAGAGCAAUUCGAAAGAAAGUCUUUCUGUAUAUGGACUGUUCCAUCACCUGGCUUGUACCCCUCAAGGUCGUACACAACUACGUCAACUCUUCCUUCGACCGCUGUUGGACCUCGGCAUCAUUUCGGAGAGGCAGAGAACCAUCACAGUAUUGCUUCAACCAGACAACGCUGACAAACUUGCACAAUUGACUUCGACCCUACGCAAGAUUCGAAACAUGCGUACCACUUUAGCGCAGCUGCGAAAAGGCAUUGAGUUUCCCUCUGCUGGUCAAUCUUUCGAUAGGGGCGUAUGGGCAACAAUCCAGAAGUUCACAGCCCAAGCUCUGACUCUCAGAGAAAUUAUAGGCUUGUUUAAUGGAGGCUCUGAUAUAGUAAUCUUCAAGAAACUAAUGGUAUCGACUAAGCUCAUUCAUACCCUCGAACCGGCCAGCUUGGUAGUUGUUGGAGACAUGAUCAACAAAACAAUCGAUUUUGAACAGUCCAAGGCACGCCACAGAUCCUCCGUCAGAACUGGAAUAGAUACUCAACUUGACGAACUAAAAAGACGGUAUGACGGGAUGGACAGCUUCCUGACAGAAGUUGUCAACCAACUCAAUAGGGAGUUGCCACAAUGGGCACUGGUGGAAUCAAAUCGCCUCACAGGUAACGGGCAUUAUGAAGGAGAGGGGACAGCUGUUGGGGACUGGGAAAAGUUGUUUACUGCGGACGGUGCAGUGUGCUACAAAAACAGCUACAUGAGAGAGUUAGACGAGGAAUACGGAGACAUGUAUUGCCAGAUUGGAGAUCGGGAGGUGGAGAUUAUACAUGAUCUUGCAGGUAAAGUUUUGGAGCACGAGGAGCCUCUGUUGCUUGCCUCGGACAUGUGUGGUGAGUUUGAUGCGAUACUUGCCCUUGCGCUUGGUGCCGAAAAGUACGAUUGGCAUGCACCACAAAUGGUGGAAGCAAGCAUUAUCCACAUCGAGGAAGGCCGCCAUCCUCUGCAAGAACUUGUUGUGCCAGCCUUUAUCCCAAAUCCCUGCCAUCUCUUUACAGGGACAUCAACUGUAACGGAGGCCCAAGAUGGCUCGCCUCAGGCUCUGGUCCUGACUGGGCCAAAUCACUCUGGAAAGAGCGUGUAUCUGAAACAAACAGCUAUAAUUGUGUAUCUGGCCCACAUCGGAAGUUUUGUACCGGCAGUUCAGGCAACAAUCGGGCUCACAGAAAGCAUCUUGACUUGCAUAUCUCCCAGGGAAAGCAUGUCUGGAGGCGAGAGCGCUUUUGCAAGAGACAUGAAACAAGCUGCGCUAUCAAUGAAAUCAUCAACACCCAGAAGCCUCGUCUUGGUAGAUGAGUUCGGGAAAGGGACCAAUGGAGAUGACGGUGCCGGAUUGCUGGCCGCGCUACUGGACUACUACCUAUCUCUCGGACCCGAGUGCCCUCGACUACUUGCUGCCACGCACUUUCAUGAAGUUUUCGAGUGUGGGUAUUUGGAAAACCACAAUGGAUUACGUAUUGCGCACAUGAACGUCAGAAUGGACUGGAAUGCGUCAGUUGUGGAUGAUCAAGUGACCUUUCUCUUCAACCUUGAAUAUGGUCAUAGCACGUCAAGUUUUGGAGGCAGAUGUGCAGCGUUGAAUGGAGUACCAAGCGCAGUGGUUGAACGCGCCGAAAACAUUUCAAAGCUGCUGGCCCGAAACGAAGACCUGAGUGCGGUUUGUGCCCGCCUUUCUCAAGCAGAGGAAGUCCAGCUUGGUAAGGCAGAGAUGACUGCGCGGCUGUUUCUAAGUGAGACCUUCGGCGACCAAGAUGAGGCCAACAUGAACGGUGAAGAACAUACGAGAGGUUCUAUUAUUGAGGUCUUGGAGGAUAUACUAUCACCUAAUAUUUGA